UCUUUUCUUUCUUUCGUUCCUUCUUUCUUCUUCUUUUCAUAGUCCUCCGAUGCUUUCUUUUCUUUCUUUCUUUCUUUUCUUUCUUUCUUUCUUUUCUUUCUUUCUUCUUUUCAUAUCCUCUGAUGCUUUCUUUCUUUCUUUCUUUCUUUCUUUCUUUCUUUCUUUCUUUCUUUCGUUCUUUCUUUCUUCUUCUUUUCAUAUCCCAUUGUUCUUUCUUUCUUUCUUUCUUUCUUUCUUUCUUUCUUUCUUUCUUUCUUCUUUUAACUGCUUCUAUCUAUCUAUCUAUCUAUCUAUCUAUCUAUCUAUCUAUCUAUCUCAUUCUGUUCCAUAAUCUAUCUAUAUCAGUCUUCUGUUCAUAUCUAUCUAUCUAUCUAUCUAUCUAUCUAUCUAUCUAUCCCAUUCUGUUCCACAAUCCAUCCAUAUCAGUCUGUUCACAUCCAUCUAUCCAUCCAUCCAUCCAUCCAUCCAUCUAUCUAUGUAUGUAUCUGAGUCUGUCCAUAUCUAUCUAUCCAUCUAUCUAUCUAUCUAUCCAUCUAUCCAUCCAUCCAUGCAUCUAUCUCAGUUCAUAUCUAUCUCAGUCUAUUAAUAUCUAUCUAUCCAUCUAUCCAUCUAUCUAUCUAUCCAUCCAUCCAUCCAUCUAUCUAUCUAUGUAUUCUGUUAAUAUCUAUCUAUCUAUCUAUCUAUCUAUCUAUCUAUCUAUCUCAGUUCAUAUCUAUCUCAGUCUAUUAAUAUCUAUCUAUCUAUCUAUCUAUCUAUCUAUCUAUCUAUCUAUCUAUCUAUCUAUCUCAUUCUGUUCCAUAAUCUAUCUAUCUCAGUCUGUUCAUAUCUAUCUAUCUAUCUAUCUAUCUAUCUAUCUAUCUAUCUCAUUUUAUAACCAUUCCUGUCUCUAUCUAUCUAUCUAUUUAUCUAUCUAUUCAUUUUUAUUUCAAUCUAUCUAUCGCAUUUUGUUCGUAUCUAUAUGUCUAUAUAUCUAUUUCUUUCGUUUUUCAUUUCUAUAUCUAUCUAUCUAUCUAUCUAUCUAUCUAUCUAUCUAUCUAUCUAAGUAUGUUUGUAUCUAUAUGUCUAUAUAUCUAUCUCUUUCGUUUUUCAUUUCUAUAUCUAUCUAUCUAUCUAUCUAUCUAUCUAUCUAUCUAUCUAUCUAUCUAUCUGAGUCUGUUUGUAUCUAUAUGUCUAUAUAUCUAUCUCUUUCGUUUUUCAUUUCUAUAUCUAUCUAUCUAUCUAUCUAUCUAUCUAUCUAUCUAUCUAUCUAUCUGAGUCUGUUUGUAUCUAUAUGUCUAUAUAUCUAUCUCUUUCGUUUUUCAUUUCUAUAUCUAUCUAUCUAUCUAUCUGAGUAUGUUUGUAUCUAUAUGUCUAUAUAUCUAUCUCUUUCGUUUUUCAUUUCUAUAUCUAUCUAUCUAUCUAUCUAUCUAUCUGAGUCUGUAUGUAUAUGUCUAUAUAUCUAUCUCUUUUGUUUUUCAUUUCUAUAUCUAUCUAUCUAUCUAUCUAUCUAUCUAUCUAUCUAUCUAUCUAUCUAUCUAUCUGAGUCUGUUUGUAUCUAUAUAUCUAUAUAUCUAUCUCUUUCGUUUUUCAUUUCUAUAUCUAUCUAUCUCAUAAUCACUCACUCACUUGCUUUAUUUACUCACUCACUCACUCACUCACUCACUCUAUCUAUCUAUCUAUCUAUCUAUCUAUCUAUCUAUCUAUCUAUCUAUCUAUUUAUCUAUCUAUCUAUCUAUCUCUCUAUCUAUGUAGACACAGGUACACAGAUAAGUGCGCUUGCACACCAACAUAUGUUGCUUAUCUUACUCUAUCUAUCUAUCUAUCUAUCUAUCUAUCUAUCUAUCUAUCUAUCUAUCUCAGUCUAUUCAUAUCUAUCUAUCUAUCUAUCUAUCUAUCUAUCUAUCUCAGUCUGUUCAUAUCUAUCUGUCUAUCUAUCUGUUCAUAUCUAUCUAUCUCAGUCUGUUCAUAUCUAUCUAUCUAUCUAUCUAUCUAUCUAUCUAUCUAUCUGUUCAUAUCUAUCUAUCUAUCUAUCUGAUGUUUAUCUAUCUAUCUAUCUAUCUAUCUAUCUAUCUAUCUAUCUAUCUCAGUCUAUUCAUAUCUAUCUAUCUAUCUAUCUAUCUAUCUAUCUAUCUAUCUAUCUAUCUAUCUAUCUAUCUCAGUCUGUUCAUAUCUAUCUAUCUAACUAUCUAUCUAUCUGUUCAUAUCUAUCUAUCUAUCUAUCUAUCUAUCUAUCUAUCUAUCUAGACACACAUACACAGAUAAGUACGCUUGCACACCAACAUAUAGGAUGUUUAUCUUACUCAUCUAUCUAUCUAUCUAUCUAUCUAUCUAUCUAUCUAUCUAUCUAUCUCAGUCUAUUCAUAUCUAUCUAUCUAUCUAUCUAUCUAUCUAUCUAUCUAUCUCAGUCUGUUCAUAUCUAUCUAUCUAACUAUCUAUCUAUCUGUUCAUAUCUAUCUAUCUAUCUAUCUAUCUAUCUAUCUAUCUAG